GGAGAAUGACAGAGGAACCACCAGCAGCAGAGCAUGAGCACCUGGGUGGCUCAGGGUCAUAGCCGAGAUCAUCUCCUUCCUCACAGCCGCGGGAGACGCCGAGGAGCCGCUCAGGUUAAACCAUUCCCAGCCUGGUGUGUCCACCACCACCACACGCCUUCCCCUCACCACACAUUCUCGACGCACGCUUUUUCUGGUCCUCACCCCCACCUGGUCGAAGGCCAUGGUGCCCAGGAUGGCGUUUCCAGCUGCGCUCUUCCCGGCCUCUCUCUCUCCAAUCAGGACCAGGUUUAUGGUCUGGACAGGGGACAGGAACAGGGACUGAGAUUGGUCUGGAGGAAUAAAGUGAAACAACAUUUACUGUCACAAUCCAAAGUCCACCUGCACCGACUCACUCUAAAAACCCUGAUGUGUGGAGAGCUUGCAGAAGUUUAAACUCCUGGCGCUCCACAGCAGGUAUAAUGGAACAGAUCAAUGAGUACCUCUGUAAAUAUAAAGGUCUUAUUUUUGCAAUCGGGAUGACGACAGCGGAACACAUUGACUCUCUGCAAAGCUUCCAAAUACGAGACAGCGACGUUUUUCUGGUGACAUACCCAAAGUCAGGUACAAUAUGGACUCAGAACAUCAUCACGCUAAUCUGUGAGCCAGAUUUGGAGCAGAGAAGUGACAUUCCCAAUAAUCUCGAGAAAAUGCCAUGGCUUGAGUUUCCUGAAGGUCACUCAGAUUAUACUUCACGACCGUCUCCUCGCCUGUUUGCAUCUCACCUCCUGCCCAGGCUCAUGCCCCCUGGCCUGAAGGACAAAAAGGCUAAAAUUGUCUAUGUGAUGAGGAACCCUAAGGACAACGUGGUGUCUUAUUUCCACUUCUGCCACGCGUUAACCACGCUGGAGAACCCGAAGAGCUUUGAGGAGUUUCUGCAGCAGUAUCUGGCUGGAGAAGUUGCUGGAUCGUCGUGGUUUGAUCACAUGCAAGAGUGGUACAAACACCGAGACCAGUACAACAUCCUCUUCCUGAUGUAUGAGGACAUGAUCACGGAUCUGAUGUCAGCUGUGGAGAAGAUCUGCAGGUUCUUGGGUAGAGAUCUGAGUGAAGCUGCUCUGCGUCGCAUUGUGGAGAAAACAACCUUCAAGAACAUGAAGAAAGACCCAAAAGCAAACUACGAGUUUCUUCCUGAAGAUCUGCUACAGAAGGGCCAGUUCAUGCGCAAAGGGACAUUUGGAGAUUGGAAGAACACCUUCACUGUGGCCCAGAGCGAGAUGUUUGACCAGAUCUACCAGGAGAAGAUGAAGGAUCUGCCUUUUCGGUUCACAUGGGAAUAAACCACAGAGGAUCAGUGAUGUUAGUGUUUUUAGAUCAUAGGAACAUUAUGUGAUGUUUAAGAAUAUUAAUAAAUCCUGCAGAUGAUUCCUUCAUGCUAGAUUGGGAAAGCUAGUUCUAGAUUUUCUGAUGGAAUUCAAAGUAAAUUCACUUCAUACUCAUUCACUUCAGCAGAAUAAACCACAAUCAAUAUCAACCUGCUAAUUUUCACCACAAUCACUAAAACUCAUCAUAUCACAAACAGUUGAGUGUAAAUUGAUGGAAUGUGUUUCAGCAUGAACGACUUUAAGUAGAUGAAGGAAUGUUUUUAAAAGCAAGAUGUUGAGAGGUUUGGUUUCACAGACACUGUAACAGAGCUGUCCUUUACACUCAUUUAAAAUCUUUGUGUUUUUAAUAAAGUUCUUUAUUAGAGUCAAUC